CGUUUUUUUCAAAUUUUAUUGGCCGUUGGAUAGGGAGGCUGUCUAUAAAAUAUACUCUAUUUAAAGAACACCUUAUUAUAAGGACUUCAUUAUAAUUACUCUCUUUACUAGACUCACCUCUAUUUAAGGGACGAUUUUUUAAAAGUUGCUUGGACUAUGUGGGAAGCUAAGUAAGUGAUACCUUCUAUUUAGAGUACAUUCAUUAUACGAUACCUUCAAUAUUGGAUCAUUGUAAGAUACAAGUUUUUCCGAUCUGAUGGUGACUUAAAAUAAGGAUGGCGAUUAUGUGCUUCCAAUCUUCGGAUAUUUAGAAUUUCGGAUUCAAUAUUCGAAUCCGAAUCCCCAGAGUAGUACAAACUACAUCAAAAACGAGAUUUUCAAAAAUUUUAUUUUAAUUUCAGAAAAAAAAUUUUAUAACGUCAAAACCCUUGGAAUAAUUUAAGAAAAACGUGGAGGCUAAAAAAUCUGUCUAAAUAUACCAAUAAUUUUUCGGAGUAUUUCCGACUUUUUUUUCUAAAAAUUAAAUAUAAAUUAAUUACAUCAUUUACCAAUUUUGUUUGUUUUUGGUGUCUUGUUGGCAUUUAAAAAUUGUUUGAGGGGUAAAUAUAUUAAAUAUAUUUGCGACGUUGUCAAGACUAACAAUCAACCAAAAAAACUUUUUUUAUUUAUUCUUUAGCCUUAUUUUAUUAUUUUUCUUUUUAAAGAUUGAAAACCCCCUUUUUUAAAGAAAAGAAAUUAAAUUUGACAAAUAAAGGAUUCCCCUAAAUUAAAAAAAAUUUUUUUAAUUUUUUUCAAUCUUCUCAUUUAAAAAUGUCACUUAUGUCCAGUCUUGCCGGGUACUUUUCCUGUUAUCGGCCCAUAUUUAAAUUUUCUUUUUUUCCCUUUUAUUUUUUCUUAAUAUGUACAGAAUGGUCAAACUUUGAUGUUUUUCGCUUCUGCCUCUCGUAAAAAUUUCAAAAAUUAUUAGAUGAAACGGAAAGCGGGAAAGUCAUAAAAUUCUUAAUAUUGAUAUAAUUGGAAGCAAAAGUAAGCCCAUCUAGUAAUCUUAUAAGAGACCAACAUUAAAAAAUUCGCUGAAAUAUCCCCUCAUAUAUACAAGGGAUGGGACCUGCCGCAUCCUAGAAUGUGUAUGAUGGAAGUCGGAAGAAACCGGAACAAAAUAAGAACCGGAAGCGGAAGCCAUCCCUGCAAUUUCCAGUCGAUUCUCUCUCCAUUACUGCACACCUUGAGCGACGUUGGAGGAAAGCAAGGCAACGUGUGUGGGCGUAGUUAGAGAGGGCAGAUUACAUUGUAUUUUAUUUUUAAUUUAUUUAAAUAAUUGAAUAAAAAUUAAAAUAAAAAAUAAAAAUUAUUUAAAAAUAAUGCGCACAUAACUUUCUUUUUCUCUUUUUUUUAACAUUCCUUUUACCUAAAUUAUUUAUUUCUCUUUCUAUUUUAUUACCUACAUAAAUUUGCCUAAUUUCUUUUUUUUUGAAAUUUUUCUAGAAAUUUUUUUAAAUAAAUUUUUUGAAUAUUUUUAGUUUAAUAAUUUAUUUAAACAUUAAUUUUCUUAAUUAGAAUAAUUAAUUAAUUGAAAUUGCCUUUUCUAUUUCGCUCUCUAUUUUUCUGCUAUUUUUUAAUUUUAAAGAAAACAAAUUUUGGUUACUACUAUAUGUCCACUAAUAAAUUAUUGAUUGAUGAUAGACUACACAAUUAUAGGAGAGACAAAUAUCGGGCGAGGGGUGUUAGAGAAAUUUUUCCCUGGCUGGCCGGAGGGGGCUGGCCAGUUAUUGCCAUUUUGUCCCGCGACAAAAUGCCACUUAUCAAAAUGUCAAGGGACAAAAUGCCCCAUGACAAAAUGUCAAGGGACAGAAUGCCAUUUUUUUUUUAG